AGCUUCCUGGCCAGUUUGUACGAAGACCCGUUCAAAUACAUGUGUUGGCCAAACACAGCAAAGAACGGAGUCACUCCCGUGGCCGUAUGUACUGCGUUCCUGAUGGAUACCUCCACUUCCGCUAGAACCGAUCUGUUCACGCGUUCGGCGGCGUUGCUCUGAGGAGAAUACACGGGCGUGCGCAGAUGUAUUAUCCCAAACGCUUUGAUCAUCGCCUCAAAGGAUUUGGAGAUAAAUUGCCGCCCAUUAUCCGAGUGUAUUACCUCUGGGACGCCGAACUUAAAGAACACCUCGUGUACCAGGAAGUUGAUGACGUCUGCUGCAGAAGCUUCUCUCAUCGCCUUCAGAAAAGUGAAUUUGGAAAAGUGAUCCACGACGAUAAAUAUCCAGGCGUGUCCGCGCUUCGACCGUGGAUACUUCCCAAGGAAGUCAAUGUAAAGUUUCUGAAAAGGACGAUCGGUUUCGCAUUUCCGCACGAAGUCGCGAACUUGAAUCGUCAUCCCGGGCCAAUAAAAUUGCCUGCGCAAUGCAUGGAGCGUUUUUCCCAUUCCUCCAUGAGCUGCGGUCUCCUCAGCGUGAGCUCUUUGGAUGAGUCCGGCUGUCAGCGAUUCCGGAACCCACAACUUCCAAGUCGUGCCCUCCACUUCAUCAUCCAGCGUCUCGUCUCGGGUUCUCUUGAAGAUGAAUCCGUCCUGGACCUUCAAAUCGGGCAAUCGAUGUUGGUUGCUUGUCACCUCGUUUACCAACUCCUGAUACUCGGCGGACUCGAACUCCAGAGUUUCGAACCCCAGCAGACUCUCCGGUGUGACCUCCACUUCUUCCACACUCCGGGAUAACGUGUCAGCAACGACGUUAUCGGCGCCUUUCCUAUACCGCAUCGUGAAUGGAAA